AUAUGAUCAAUCGUGCCAUCACUAAACACAACACACGUGCUCGGUUCGUAAACAUGAAAAGCGCGAAAGUUUAUUAAAACAUAUAUAAAAAGAAUAUUAAAGAGUAAAUAAAAAUGACGCAUCUGCGGGCAGAGGAAACCGCGGCAACGGACGAGGAGCCGAGGGCCGUAAUUAAAGAGAGCAGCAAGAUAUUCCGCCGGAAUCGUGCACUUGGCUAUGUGAGCAACCAGGUGCCGGCGGUGACACGCUACGUGCAGCGUCGUCGGGACACACUGCUGAUCACCUGCAUUGGUCGAUCCUUCCAGGUGUACACGGCCAGUCAUAUGCGGCUAUUGCAUGUGAGUGGACUGCAUCCGGAUGAUAUUACGGCCAUGGCCACGGACAGACAGCACACGUACACGGCCAGUAACAAAUGCAUCUACGCCUGGCGGGCGGGCAAGCACAUCCGUCAUGUGUAUCGUGGCCAUGAGCGUGAUGUGCACAUCCUGCUGCCCUUUGGUGGAAAUCUAAUUGCCGUAGACGGGAACAAUGUGUUAAAGGUGUGGAACAUUGGCACCGAUGAUGUGUAUUUAGAUGUGCCCUUCAAGGCCGAAGAGUUUCAAAUCACGGCACUGGCUCAUCCGCCGACCUACAUCAAUAAAAUUGUGCUGGGCUCCCGGCAGGGUCAGCUCAAGAUCAUGAACAUCAAGAAGAACAGCAUUCUGUGCACGAUCAGUCGUCACGACAGUCGGGUGACGUGCAUUGAACCAGCUCCGGCAUUGGAUGUGGUGGCUGUUGGACAUGGUGAUGGCACCAUCAUGGUGCUCAACUUGAAAUUCGAUACGGUUCUUGUGGCCUUCAAGCAGGACUGGGGCAUGGUCACCAGCCUAGCAUUUCGCACAGAUGGACCGCCUAUUUUGGUGUCGGCCUGCAGCAACGGUUACAUGGCAUUCUGGAAUCUGGAGCAGCGCAAAUUGGCCGGACAGUUGCAGGCACAUGAGGAGGAAGUAACUACGGCAAUCUGCCUUCCAAGUGAACCUGUCGUCUUCACCACAUCCCCGGACAACUCGAUGAAACUGUUUGUGUUUGACAUGCCCGACGGAGGAGCACGUCAGCUACGCAUCCGCGAGGGUCACACGAAGCCACCGCUCUGCAUACGUUACCACGGUGGAUCUGGUGUGUCUAUACUGUCCUCCGGAGAGGAUAGCACACUGCGCGUCUUCUCCACCAUCUCGGAGUCGCUUAACAAGAGCAUGGGCCGAGCCACCUACAAUCCCAAGGCGACCAAGAAGAAAAAUCGCUUCCAGUACGACAAGUUCAGCAUGCCGCCAAUUCUGGAGUUCACUUCGGACACAACCCGGGAGAAGGAAUGGGAUAAUAUUGCAGCCAUACAUGCGGGUGUCAUACAGACCACCACCUGGACCUUCAAUAAGAGCCGCAUGGGAGAACAUCGUCUGGUUCCCACACAGUUUCAAAACAAGAAUCGCAACAACUUUCAGAGCGAAACGACAUCCAUUAUAUUGACGGUCUGUGGUAACUUUGUCAUCGUUGGCUACAGCAGCGGCGAUGUGGAACGCUUCAACAUUCAGUCGGGAUUGCAUCGCAGCAGCUAUGGUGCACCUGAAUCCGCUCAUGACGCGGCUGUGCGAGGAUUGGCCAGCGAUAAUCUGAAUCAGUAUGUGGUUUCCGGCUGCACCAAGGGUGUCGUAAAGUUCUGGACGUUCAAGGGAAAAGCUCAAAAGCCAUUGGCGAUAAUGCGUUUAGCGGAUGGUGUUGCUCUGAUGCGUCAUCAUCGCGAGAGUUCCAUGCUGGCCAUUGGCUUGGAGACCUUCAAGGUCUAUGUUGUGGACAUGAACACUCGGGUGAUUGUGCGCAAGUUCAUUGGACACACGGCGAAGCUGAACGAUCUCGCCUUUAGUCCAGACAGUCGUUGGCUCAUCACAGCGGCCAUGGACUCUACCAUAAAAGUGUGGGACAUUCCCUCCUCAUACAUGAUUGAUCAUUUUCGCGUAGAGCGUCCUUGUAUCUCACUGACUAUGUCACCAAGUGGCGAUUUUCUUGCCACCGCUCACGUCAAUCUUCUGGGUAUUUAUCUAUGGGCAAAUAAGACACUGUUUAACCAGGUCUCUUUACGUUCCAUUGAUCCAAGUGAACCCGCUCCGUAUGUGGGAUUGCCCUCAAAUAUGUGCGAUGCCAUGGAUCUGGAGGACGCAAUGCAGCAGCUGGAAAUCGAUAGCGAUGAGGACAAUAAGGAGUUGGGCGAGGAGAUUGAUGCCAAAUACGAAACGCCCAAGCAACUCAAUCCUGAACUGAUUACUAUGUCGGGUCUAGCAGCAUCCCGCUGGCAAAAUCUGCUUGAUCUGGAAUUGAUAAAGCGACGCAACAAACCGAAGGCACCACCAAAGGCUCCCAAGCAGGCUCCCUUCUUCCUGCCCACGGUUUCUGGUCUGGAGAUGCGCUUCGAUGUUGGCAAUGCGCCUGCUAGUAAUGAUGGAUCUAAGCUUCUGCAGGUCUCGUCACUCAACAAUCUGACUGCCUUUGGCAAGCUCUUGGAGGCAACUGCAUCCGACAACGACUUCGAGUCCGCCGUGAAGCACAUCACCCAACUGGGUCCCUCGAUGGUGGACUUUGAGAUCAAGUCCCUGCACCCAGAUGCCGGUGGCACAAUGCUGGCAAUGAUGCAGUUCCUCAAACUAAUCGAGUUUAUGCUAAGCACUAAUCUAGACUUUGAAUUAGCCCAAUCCUAUCUAAGCGUCUUCCUGCGCUCCCAUGGCCUCAGUCUCAGCGAAUCCCCACAGCUCGUCCAGUCGCUGCAGAGCGUCUCCAAGGCGCAAGAGGAAGCCUGGCAGCGCAUCGAGAGCAAAUUGAUUUAUGGCACUGGCGUUGUCGCUGCUCUCCGAAACUUUGCGCGCUAAUUUCCCAAUAUCAAUAUUUAUAUUUGUAGUUAUCUUUUACUUGUUUGUAAAUAAAUUGGCAACAAAUCUUUUAAGUAAACUUGAUUUUUGAUAUGUGGCUACUAAUUGUUUAAGCAGGCAAAUGAACAUUUAAUUUGUAUAUUGAUAGAUAUAUGAGAUUAAAUACAAUUGCCGAAAACCAUCCUUGCCCGUUCCAUUUACAAUUACAAUAAAAGGUGUAGCAAGUUUGAUGUUGAAA